GUCAGUUUCCUGCUCCAAUCCUAGGUUUCUUUGGUAAUGGAUAUCUUAACACUAGAGUCCUCGUCUUGGCCAGCGGGGCUUUGCUUUUAAAUGAAUAAUUCUUCCCUUUCUCUCAAGUGCCAGCCUAAGCUUCUGCCACUUCAAAUGGGAUCACGCUACGUGCGUCAUCUUGCUGACAUGGUGACUGUACAGAUACAGUAAAAGGAUGUUGAAAAUAUAUGAUAAAAAAGAAACACGAUAAAGGAGAAGAGAAAAUAAAUUUCCAUACCGAAAGAGGUGUUGAAGAACAGGACAUGAAUCAUUACCGCAUUGUUAAGUUUUCCUGCUUUUUUCAACUUAAAACAUCAGAAGCAGCUCCAUUACAACUAUGAAAAAAGGCACUCAAGCAGCUCCAGUGUUGAGUUCAAGAUCCUUAGAUCCCAGUUCUCCAAUUUUCUGGUGGAAUCACUCCCGCAAUACUGCAGGAACAUAAGUCUUAGAGAAGAAGGUCAAUCAACAUGUCUGGGUGGCUUGAAUUCCUUAAGUUUGUACUUUGUUGUGUAGGAGAACGUGAAGAAGAUCCUAAUGUUGUAUUAGGUUCAAGGUCAAGAAAUAAUUCAUCAGAUGUUGGAUCAAGUUGCUUUAGGUCUGUGGAAAGAAUCAAUGAUAGAUUUCAGAUUUUCAAUAAUCGCCCAGCUGCACCCAUAUAUUCCGAUGUACCAGCAACAGUUCUUUCUAGACCGUCUCCAUUUCAACCAGUACCUUCAACAACUGCAUCGAAACCAUCACCUCAAGCGAAAACAUUGUCAUUCAAAUCAUCUCCAUUACCACCUCCACCUCCACCUUCAACUUCUUCAUCAAAACCAUCCCAUCAAGAUCCUAUUCCUGCUUGCCAUCCAUCUCCAUCUUCAUCUCCUAAACCACUCUCAUCAUUUCUUAGACCGCCAACUUCAUGUUCUAAUCAAUCUCAUCUUCACGUGUACGGGCAACAGUUCUUUCUAGACCCUCUCCUUUUCCAUCAGUACCUUCCAACAACUUCAUCGAAACCAUCACCUCAAGCUACAACAUUGUCAUUCAAAUCAUCUCCAUUUCCACCUCCACCUUCAACUUCUUCAUCAAAAUCAUCCCAUCAAGAUCCUAAUCCUGCGUUCCAUCCAUCUCCAUCUCCUAAACCACUCCCAUCAUUUCUUAAACCCCCAGCAUCAUCUUCUAAACUCUCUCCAUCUUCAUCUAAAGCAUCCCCAUCUUCACCAGGACCAUCUUCAUCAUCCUCUAAGCAGCCUCCAUCCUUCAAACCAACUCUAUCUCUGGCUUCCCCAAAUUUAAUUAAUGAGCAGACAAAAGUCAGCUACUCGUUGGAUCAAAAGGUUAUGUCACCUAUUUACGCGGUUCCCAAGGAUAUUGAGGACUUGAUCAAGAGAGACAUAGUGCCUGAAGUUCUCAAUGAACUGUUGUCUCCUUCAACAUACAAGGAUUAUUUUGCUGCCCUUCUGUAUGCCGAGGACUUCUACAUUGAGAAAUGGAGUAAAUUUAAAUUGGAGAAAAUUACUCUCAAGUUGAAAGAUGCAGCAAUCAUUAAGAAGCAUGGCAGGAAUGAAUACUUCAGUGACAGUCAUGAAAAGGAUAAUAAAACCUUUGUAGAAUUUGAGAUUGACUCAUGUCGUGAGAGGAGGCCAUUUCUUUUGUCCAGAGACUUUGCCUUUGCGCGACCUUCAGGUCAAAAAACCGAGCCAUAUCAGGGUGUUAUCUAUCGCGUGGUGAGGAGUACUGUUGUACUGGUUGAAUUUGGCGAAGAUUUUCAUUUGCAGCAUCAUUCAACCCGUAAAUAUGAUGUUAGCUUCUCAUUUAACAGAGUUUGUUUGAAAAGGGCUCACCAAGCGAUAGAAGCCGCUUCCGAUCCUUCAUUUAAAAAUUUCCUUUUCCCAGAUUUUGUCCACAGAAAGAGUAUCCCAACCUCUACACCUCUCCAUUUUAUCAAUCAUAAACUUGAUGCGUAUCAAAGAUCUGCUGUUCUCGAGAUUUUGAGCUUUCGAGGACCACCACCUUAUCUUGUUGAAGGUCCGCUUUGUUCGAAAGAGUAUUCAAAACAGCUAUCAAGGACUGGAUUGGUGGUCCAGGAAGCAGUACUCCAAAUUUAUCGAAGUUCAUCAAAGCAUCGGAUUCUUAUAUGUGCACCCAUUAACAGAACAUGUGAUGUUCUGAUGCAAAGCUUAAAAAUUGAUAUUCCUGUUGAAAUAAAACUCAAUCUAGAAGCCCACGCGCCCCGAGGAAGAAGACGAGUGAGCCACACGCGCGCCAUAUUUGAUCCGCGCCGAGCCAAGUCUCAAGCCGAGUCGCGAGCCGAGCCACAAGCCAUAUUUCGAAGCCGAGCCGAGCUCCAAGCCAUAUUCCGAAGCCAAGCCAAGCUCCGAGCCAUAUUCUAA